CAUACACGGAAUCCAAGAAAUCUAUGAAAAAUAUGUAAAAAUGCACAAUAGUCGUAAAAACAAUCCGACAGUAAUUAUUAUUGUCGGAUUCGAGCCUGAACACAUGAAAUUCCGUGCUAAGCUACUAGGAUACGUAGUAACGAUCAAAUACCUAGAUAUAUAUAUAUAUAAAAUAGUGAAUGUCUUCAACCAGUCAAUUGUAGCAGCAUAUUCAGGUAUAGCGUUAGAACUAAAGAUGUUUUUCAAAUACGCGUACCGUACAUAUCUGCGGUACGGCUACGAUGAUCGUGCCAAACCGAUUUGGGGUGACCAAUUCAGUUUUUUAACGAUGACGGCUACGAAAAGUCUUUUACUGGUCCAGUUGAUAGUACUUAUGGCCGUAUGGCCCGGAGUCUCUGGUAGUUGGUACCAGACCAUCGAAAAUCCGUACACGUUAUUCGGCACGAAAACCACAUACAGCGAUGUGUCGGGCGAAGGUUUUCACUUUCCGUCAGGUACGUGCCUUCUAUAAAUUAUAAUAUUUUACGAAACAUUUUAAAUUUCGAUUUUCCCGCAGCAUAAGCGCAAUUUAAAUUUUCAGCUUAAAUACUUUUUUUUUGCUGUGUAAUCAAUUCAUCAGUUUUCCGAUAAAUUUCCGAUCAUCCGUCUUUCACUAUUUAUCAUGUAUAGUGAUUUAUAUCUAAAUAUUUCAAAAAUUUGUCAAAUAAUUAGUGUUUAUUUUAUAAUAUAACUAAUUGAAAUUUUAAAAAAAGUGUUCAAUGUUUAGGCUAUACUCCGUCUCACAAGAGAAGGUUUUCGUCCUUCACUGUGCAUCUCCCACCACUUUUUCCCGUGGUUUUACGCGAUUUUACGCACCGCCACGAGGAUGGGAGAAAUUCGGCCUCCAUGCUCUUACCGUUGCGCGGAGCGUGUAUCUUCUCUCAUAAGACGAAGUAUAGGUAUUUUAACAAGUAACAACACUUUUAUAUUGGAUUAAGUCAUAUAUGUAGAUUAGUAUCUUUUAAAUAUGUACUCAUAUAUUUAACUAUAGAAAAUAGUAAUUAUGCAUUGUGUACUUAGUUAUUUUGUGUAUAAAUAUAUAAAUUGAGAUGAAAGAAAUUUAAAAAAAAAAUAAUUAAACAAAUUAUUAGUUCUUAUAGGUAUGCAAUUUAAUGUAGGAAACUAUUUUUUACCUAUUUUUAAAUAUUUCAAAAUUUGUACUAUAUGAAAUUUCCAAGCACUUUAAAUAAAUUCUAGUCGCAAUUUUUCUCGAUAAUUUUUAUCUUUUACACAUACUUUUCUUCAAUUAAUCCAAGCAACCCACCAUAUCUAAACAAUUAAUUUCUUAAUUUUACAUUAUUAAUAAUAUAGAAUGCACACCGUUGCAAGUGUGGAUGUUAUGCAGACAUGGUACUCGGUACCCAUCAAAACACAUGAUUAAGAAAAUUAAUAGGCUGGAUCGGUUCAAGACUAUGAUAACAGACAUGAGCCAGGAAAAAUUACGGGCCAUCUACAAUUGGAAAUCACACCUGACCUUAAACAAUGACUGUAACCUCCAAAGUCGUGGAGUCGAGGAGAUGAAGUCAUUAGCCACGCGCCUCAAGAGUCAGCUGCCACAACUAUUCAAGUCGCAGUAUGACGAAAUAAGUUUUAAAGUACGUAUUAUUUCCCCCUACAACACCGAAUUUCAGAUUGGCGCACCAUAACGUAUCGGAUAUGCAGGGGCGGACUGACUAGUUCAUAUACCAGUCCGCAGUUUUAACUGUGAGCAACUUUUUGAACAGAAAACUUACCGAUAAAUCAAGUGUAGCAUUUUUUAUGAAAGGAAAUUUUAUCUAGUUAGUGUAUUGGGAGGUAAUUUUUUUUUUUUCCAAAGAUAUUUGAUAAUAAUUGGGAAUAACCGAAAAAAGACGCAAAAUAAAAAUAAACAAUUUUUCGGUGUACGAUUUCAAUAUUUUAAAUUUGUACACACAAUAUUUCUACCAGAAAUAAUACUUCAUAUAAAAACGAAAUUUGGCUUUAUUGUUGCAUUUUGAAUCUACUUUAUAAUAAUUGGGAAUAACCGGAAAAAAGAGUAUAAUCAAAAUUGACAAAUUUAUGGCAUUACGAUUUCAUUUCGAUUGGUUGACCCCGAAUAGCUAGGAUAAAGGGGCAGGAGAAGAAGAUGAUUGCAUUAAAUAUAUAAUCAAUUUAAGACACUGUCGACCAGUUUUCUCUGGAUUCUGUAAAAGAUCAUUUUACGCAAUGCGAAAAAUAAAUAUUUAUACAGAGUCAUCAAUUAAUCAAAAUAGCUUUUCUUCUUUGGCUAUUCUAAAUGUAAAAAGGGAUGUGUUAAAUAAUAUAAAAACAAACAAUAUUUUAUUAGAGAUAUACUCUAAAGAAAAUAGGAAUUUAGAAUUAUAAUUUUAAAAAUAAAUGUAUAACUUUACUAUAUUAUGAAUUAUGAUGCAAUUGUAUCUUUUAUUUAUUUUUGUUAUUAAUGAUUGUUUAUAACAUGAAUUGACGAAAAGGGAGGACAGUGUCUCUGAGCAGUGUCGGCCCUAGGGGAGGGCAAGCGUUGCGACCGCACCGGGCCCCACACUUGUACGAGGCACCGCAAAUUAUGUAUUCUGAAUAUUACUAUAUCUAUAAGCAAUCAUAAAUCACAAUAAUAUGUACGCACAUUGCGACUCAUGUGGCCGUGUAAUUUUCUUUAAACACGGGUUGUUAUCGACAAAAAUCAAGAUAGUAGGUACCAAUUUUAAAUAGCUGAACACAUAGUUAUUGGCUUAAAAACAAACAUAUUUUAUCAGCAUUGAACAUAGUAUCGCCGAUACAUUGAGCUACAAUGAGACGAAUAAUCUAUUUGCAUCAAAAAAAGCAUAAAAAAAAUGUUUAAGUAAUAUUAUAUAUUAUCAGUUGUAUUACAAUAAUUUAUGUUUAUUUUUUUUAUUUAAAGUAAAAGUAUACUUAUUAUAUCAUAUUUAUGUCAUCGUGUUCAAUAAAAUUAAAAUAUUGUUUGUAGGUAUUUGUUAUGUAGGUACCUACUCAUUUUUUGUCUAAUAUAUAAAUACAAAUUAAAUUUUAUUAGUUUAUGUAUGGGUACAAAUUUAGAUUUCUAACAAGACCUUAAAGUUUAUAAAAUUAUAUGAAAAUAAGGUAAAUCCGUUAGAAAAUAAAAUAAAUAAAUAUAUAUGGAGCCCUGCAGAAUUUUGCACCAAGCCCUGAAAUCUGUCGGCCGGCACUGCCUCUAAGUGAAACACAUUCGAAAUUUGACGUGAGCAACAAUCCCCCCCCCCAAACAAAUAUGACCGCCCUAUUCCGUUAGAGAUGUAUCUAACCUGCAAGUUUAAGUGAUGAAUAGCGAAUAAUAUUAUUAUUAAGUACAAAUUAAAACAUUUAUUUUAAGUAUUUAAAUACAUACAAUAUUUUUUUUCAGUCUUUAAUCUCCUAUCAAAUUAAAACAUUUUAAUUUUGGCUGUGGUGACCAUGAAAGAGUGUUAUAACAGUUAAAUUUUUAAUUUCAGAGAUUUUUUUUUCUUCGUGACUUAUCUCCUCAUUUUCUAAUUAAUUAUGUGGUAUCUAUUAUGUAGACGUUAUUUAUGUUUUUUGCAGUUUAUGUCUUCGAAUAAACCGCGGACCAAGGAGAGUAUAAAUGUAUUUUUCGAAUCGAUGUUCAACGAAAAACCAAAAGAUUUACCGAUCGCACAACCUUCCGACUAUAGAUUGUGUGUAAGUAUUUGAUAGAGGUCACUAAUCAAGGAUGGAUUCUCGAAAAACCCCAACUUGUUUAUUCUUAUUAUUGUCACAAGUUUAUUCGGUAAACUAGAACUUAUUAUUAAAUGUGACCUUUGGAAAUAGUUAAUCAAUUGAAUAAUGAGUAAAUCCAUAAAUACCUACAUAAUAAUUAUAAACGCUUAUAGACGCGUCAAAACUUACAGUGUUUUUAAUUUUCGCUGCAGCUGUCCAAGUGGAAACAAAAAGAGGACGACGAGAACGAUGAAAAAAUUGACGAAGAGAAAAAGUUCGAGGAGAGUUCGUACGUGCAGUCCGUCGUGUCAAGGGUUUCUAAAGCGAUGGGACUUGAGCAAAACUUAAGUUACGGUAAGCGAAAUCGAUAACUAUCUGACGUAGACACAUAAUAUAAUAGUAUAUUACUUAUCGGUCGGCCCGUGAAAAUAAAUUUCUUAAUUAGACGAGCUCUGGCUGAUAGUAAUAUCAAAAUAAACUACAAAACCGGAUUAUUUAGAUUCAAAGAAAACAGAGGUAUCUAUUGGCUAUUUAUGUGUUUUUAGACCUUUUUUAAUGCAUUUUUUAUCUAGUUGGUGAGUAGAAAGUAGGUUCUUUGCCUGUAGCUUUUUAAAUAAUUGAGCAAAACCGGAAAAACCAGAAAGAAUGGGAAAAUGUAUGAAAAUAAUUCUUUUGUUAUAUUGAAUUUUAUUUUUUUUAAAUUAUUCAGUUAAAAGUAUCCAUAAAAACUUAAAAUUUUGAUAAAAAAAACUUAUAUUUUCUUUUACAAGAUAUAAUAAAACUUUCAACUAAUGUGUGCCAUUUUUGAAUUUUUUAUAGAUAUUUUAAUUAUGUGCAUUUUUACGUCAUUUUUAUUUGCUAGGUAUUCUGCAGAUGAAAUUGUUAGACUAAAUAGAAAUGCUUGAAAAUUUAACAGAAAGUUUAUUAUAAGUCCUAUAUAAUGGUUUGAAAAAAAAAAGUUGAGUGUAAUCUAAUAGUUUUUUUUAAAUUGUAGAGAAGAGGGGGCACAUUGAGACAAGGGACACAGUGAAACAGUGUAAAUAGAUAACAAUGGAAUCAAAUCUAGUGGUUCAUACCAAUAUGAAACGAUAAAAAACGUUAAAUAUUACGUUUUUAUUCUGUAAUGGUUUGAUUCUGAUAAUGGGAAGAAUGUUUAUUAACAUUUCCCUCCAAUUCGUUAUAAAAACUAAAGAAUACAACCAUUGAUUUUUUCGCCUUUGGAGGACAAUUUUUUUCAAUUGUGCGUAUUUGUUAUAUUAUAUUCUUUAGGAGAAAAAAAGAUUUAUACGAUUUAUAACACAUUUAAAACUUUACGCUUAGAUUUUUGUUUAGAUUUUGAUUUUUUUUAGAUAUUGUGUUUUAGAUCAAAUGAAAAUAAAAUAAAUUGUUAUCUCAGUGUAAACUACCCUAUGUCUCAUUGUACACCAUUAGUGGGUUACAUCGAGACAUUUUGACAUUUUUUAAAAAAAUGAUUAUAAAAUAAACCGAUUUAAAAAAUACAUAGAAAAUAACAUUAUACUAAAAUGUACGCUUGUUUUGGAAAAAAACAAAAAAAUAUAUAAUGAUAUGAUUGAAAUUGAAUAAGACAUAACUAUUUGAAAAUUUAGUGCCCCCUUCUCCUCUAUUGGUUUUACAAUGCUGUUUAUUUAUAAUUUUUUUUUUUCUUGUAAAUAGCUUUUCUACCAGAAAUUUUGCUCCGAUUUACAAUAAUAGCACUUUUUAUGAAAGGAAUCUGACAAGGGAGGUAAUAUUAGAAGGUCAUUUUUUUGAUUUUCCCAGGAAUUUACCCAAUAAAUGGGAAAAACGGAGGAAACCAGGAAAAUAAGUAAAACAUUACAAUAUUAAACAAAUAUUAUCUAUCAAAGAAAAUAUGUAAUGCAUAUAUGUAAUUAUUUUACCAUAAUAUGACAUAUACAUAUAUUGUUGACAAAGUAACAUUAUUAACCGAACUCCGUUCAGAAUCGUUUUUCGUUAGCAAUCGUUAAUAGUUGUGUACAGAUAUACAUUAAAUUUCCCUUCUACCUUUCCAAAUUUUCACCUACAACAGUGACCCAUCCAUCGAGUGAAGUCUUUUUUCCGUCUUUUUUAAUUUUCAUACUUUUCCGUAGAAGACGUUUCGGUCAUGUUUGAAUCGUGCAAGUACGAAACAGCGUGGACAGACCAGAAACCUGCGUGGUGUGCCGUGUUCACUAUAGAUGAUUUUGAAGUAAGUAAAUAUUGUGUCAUGAAAUAACUAAAACAGAAAAUUAUACAUGUCUCGGAAAAUCACUUAUAUAUAUUAUGUAUGGAGUUGUUUUAAAACAAAUUUUAAAGUAAUGAUACAGUUUUUAAGCAGACAAUAAUUCAAUACACUAUUAUUUUAAUCUAAAACUCGGAUACUUAAAUAAUUAUACUAAGUUAUUAAUUGUCUGCUCAUUUAUUUAUACUAGUACAUACUCAUACUUAGUAAAUUGCUCUUCGAACAGAUAAUUAUAUGUUUUACCAUUUGUUUUUUGAGAUCCUCGGAUACCUAGAAGACCUAAGGUAUUACUAUGCCAGUGGGUACGGCAAUCCCGACAUCGAGAGUAUGGGAUGUCCGAUAUUAAAAGAUAUGAUCGACAAUUUCAAGUAAAUUACUGAUCUAAGCUACUAAAAAUGAUAUAAAACAAUAUGAUUUGUUGUAUUUUUUAGGAAGCUUACUAGGGGUGAAACCGGACCAAACGGAAUAUUUUACUUCGGACACACGCCCAAUAUCUUGAGCAUGGCGGCUAUGCUAGGCAUAGGUAAAGAUGAUACGCCGUUGUUGAGCACCAACUACGAAAAUAUGAAGUCUCGACAAUGGAAGACUUCAUACAUCGACCCGUACGCCGCCAACAUUAUAGCGGUGUUUUUCAAGUGCAAAAAUAAAUAUAAAGUGAUGUUUUCCCUCAACGAAAAUGUACUAAAGAGCAAGGAUCGGUUGCAACUAUACUCAUGGCAGAAGAUCGAAGCACAUUUCGAACCUAUAAUCUCUAAGUUUUGCACCCCAUAGAUUUUUGUAAGAUUUCGUCACAUUGUCGUUUGCCUCGACGACCAGUAUAUUAGUUACCAUAUAUUGUUACUUCUGCAGUCAUGUUAGCAUGGGCGUAAUUUCAACGGAUGCAAGGGAUGCACUUACACCCCCUUGAAUUUUUAUGGGGUUCAAUAUUAUCAUUUUGUACCUCCAUUGAUCGAAAAUAAACCCUGAUUUGUUAUACAAAACCAAGUUGGAUAGUAUUUUAUUUCGUGUAUAGUUUAUUAAUAUGCGACUGAGUCGGAUUUCGAAAACGUAUCUAUCAUUUUUCAUACAAGUGAUAUUCACCGCUUAUAAUGGGAAUUAUGAUAACCUAAAAUAGAUUAAUGGUGAAACUACGUGAACACAUGAUCAUCAAAAUUGUUGCUAUGCUAUCAAUAAUCAUUAGGAACGGAUUUAUAUGCACUUAAAAGUUUAAGCGCUUAAAUCGUUAAAAAAGAACUUCAACAUAUUUAAAAAAGUAAUCGACGGAGUGGUUUGAUUCCUACCUUUAAUGGUUCUACUUUGGGAGAUUUUUAAACCCUCUCUAUCUUUAUUGCUCUUUUUAAUAUUUUUAAAUGAAUGUUUAGGCCUUUUUGGCGUUUUUUUAUGGAUUUUAAGUGCAUAUAAAUCCGUUCCCUAAUGAUCCGUUUUACUUACGAGUGUUUAUACUAUUAUUUAUUAUUAAAUACACUUCUUCAGGACUUUUUUUAUUUAUGAAUUACUUCAUUACUUAGUUACGUAAAUGUCAGUUUUGCACCCCCUGAAUUUUAGCGAAAUUAUGCCUAUACAUGUUAGCUUGCAUACUAAGUUACAGUUUGCAUAUUAAAAUAAUUAAGCUUUAUAGUUUGUUAUAUACUCAUUGCUUAUAUCUUCUAAUAUAUUUUAUUUAGUUAUAAUAUGUUAUUAUUUAUAGUACCUAC